AUGGCGCCCCAGAAUACGGAUUUCAAGUUCAGGGAGGGUGGCAACAUCUUCUCGCCUAAAGAUCUGAUUCAACUCGGACGGCCAGGUGCUGCCAUCGCCAAUCCUACUGGCGAUCUUGCCCUGGUCCUCUUCAGCAAAUAUUCGAUCAAAGAAAAGAAGAACUCCAAGUCGGUGUAUGUCGUGUCUCUCGACACGGCUGGCAAGUUUAUCAACAUCCCACUCGAUAAAGGAGGCGAUACCUUUUGGGUCGCCCCUCGUACCUUCGCCCAAGUCAUUGAAGGAGACGAGGACUUGGAAAUCUACGCGUACGACGUGUCUCUCGAAGCCACCGUAGACGGAUCGAACGAUGGCAGCAAAUCAUACACCGAACCUGUCCUCCUGGGUACCAUCCCAGGCAAGACGGCGUCGAACUUCCGCUUCAACCCGCAAACCGGCAACCUCGUCUUCUCGGCGUAUGUCUACCCGGACGGAAACCUUACCACUGUCAAAGAGCAAGACAAAGAGUGGGAGGAACGAGGUAACACCGCGUUGGUGUACGAUACGACCUACGUGCGCCACUGGGAUACCUGGCAGAGCAAGAAAGGGCCCCAAUUGUUCAGCGUUAAGCUUGUCCAAGAAGGUGGCAAGUGGAAUCUGGUCGACGACUUUAAGAGUCCGUUGAGAGGGACGAAGCACUAUUCGCCGGUUGAACCAUUCGGUGGAACUGAUGACUUCGACGUAUCGGACACCCAUAUUGUAUACACUUCGAAAGACCCCGAUCUUCCGGAGGCAUGGCAUACGAAGCAGAAUGUCUAUGUUGUGCCUAUUGGCGCUGACGAAAAGCCGGUCGAAUUGACUUCUGGAAAGCAAGGAGCAAUCCACAGCCCAGUUUUCAGCAACAAAGGCGACAAGGUCGCGUGGCUUGAACUGGAUAAGGACGGUUAUGAAAGUGAUCGCGCGAAGAUUGUCAUCUAUGACCUCGAAAAGCAGGUUCGCUUUACUGUCACCCAACCGUGGGAUCGUUCGCCGGACUCGCUGGCUUUCUCUAAAGAUGACACCGUCAUCUACCUUACCGCCGGCGACGAGGCGAAGGUCAAAGUGCAUGCCCUUCCAGUUGCGCCGACUCCAUCCCAUUCGUCUACCCAUCCAAAACUCGACUCGAGAUUCUCUAUCCCAAUUGCGCUCACACAUGAGAAGGCCGCCUCUGGCCUCCAAGUUUUGCCGGGAGGCAAGAUCCUUUUCAGUCAAUCGUCUUUCACAUCACCAAAUGACGCCUUCGUCGCUAUUGGCCUCGAUGCUCUUGAGGCUGCUCUCGUAUCCGGCGACAAAAACGCAGCUGCUAGCGUCGAGAUCACCAGGAUUACCCAUUUUUCAGAGGAGGAUUUGAAAGACAAGAGUCUAAGCGAAGGAGAGAACUUCUGGUUCAAGGGUGCACACCAUAAGAAUGUCCAAGGAUGGGCACUGAAACCGAAAGGAUGGAAAGCUGGCGAGAAGAAGAAAUGGCCAGUUGUCCUGCUUAUUCAUGGAGGCCCUCAGGGUGCUUGGGAGGAUCAAUGGUCGAACCGCUGGAAUCCCAAUGUAUUUGCUCAGCAAGGCUAUUUCGUGACCAUGAUCAACCCCACUGGAAGCACGACAUUUGGCCAAGAGUUCACUGACGCAAUUAAGGAGGAUUGGGGUGGCAAACCUUUCGUCGAUAUGAUCAGUGGGUGGAAGCAUGCUCUGAAAGAGUAUCCUGAGAUCGACCCGGACCGUGCUGUCGCUGCUGGUGCUAGCUGGGGUGGCUAUGCCAUAAAUUGGAUUCAAGGCCACCCCGAGUUCGGGUUCAACUUCAAGGCUCUUGUUUGCCAUGAUGGAGUUUUCGAUUCAACUUAUAAUGGUUACAGCACCGAUGAACUAUUCUUCUUCAACCAUGAAUGGGGCGGCAGACCUUGGGAGCAUAAGAGCAAGGCACUUUCCACAUUGUAUAGCCCAGCAAACUUUGUUCACAAAUGGUCCACGCCUCAACUCCUUAUUCACGGCAGUAAGGACUACCGCCUUCCUGAGACCGAGAGUAUUGGUGCCUUCCAUGCACUGCAGGAGUUGGGCAUCCCAAGUCGACUUGUGAUCUUCCCUGACGAGAAUCAUUGGGUGUUAAAUCAUGGGAAUAGCCUCAAAUGGCACUACGAAGUCUUCAGAUGGUUCGAUCAGUUUGUUGGCGAAACGAACUGA